CUGGACCAGCAACCGGAACUCCUUGGACGAAUUAUGUGAAAUGACGCUUUUGCUGGUAACAUUUCACAUUGCUUACUGCUCAACGUUUCAGUUGUCGACGCGAGUUACACUAGCUAGUUGGUUGUCUCGAUUUAAGUAUUGUCGGUGAUACUUGCAAACGAGCAUGCUGAGAAGAUAUUACUAGACAGGCAUUUUCUUCAUUUUAAAAGUCGAUAUUAAAUUAUUUAAGAACAAAACAUUUGACAGGUCACGCCAAUACAGCCAAGGAGUUACAACUGGUCCGUGCGAAUACAUUGGGCUUCAUCACACACUCAUACAACACCCAGUAACGUUAUACAUUUAGAAAUGCUUCUGCGUAGAGUAAGCCAGAGCACGGCUCUGUGUGGUACUGCUCUCCGUCUUUCCCCCGCAAUCUCUGGGGGUCAACGCCAGGUUGGAGCCAUUGUAGCUGUUCAUAAUGCUCGUUUCUACGCCAGUCAGGCCGCCGAAGCGGUACUGGAGAAGCCGGCGGUUGCCAGUGGCACUGCUACCAAGGCUGCCUCUGAAAAGAAGCCACUCAGUUUGGAAUCCAAGUCAUUUGCUGUGAACAUGUUCAAAGGACAGGUCAACACAGCUCAGGUGUUCCCCUUCCCUUCAGUGAUGAACGAGGAGCAGACUGAGUUCCUCAGAGAGCUGGUUGGGCCCGUCUCAAAGUUCUUUGACGAGGUGAACGACCCAGCGAAGAAUGACGCUCUGGAGAAGGUGGAGGACAGCACCAUGGAGGGGCUGAAGGAGAUGGGGGCCUUUGGCCUGCAGGUGCCGGCUGACCUGGGGGGCUUGGGCCUCACUAACACGCAGUAUGCCAGGUUAGUGGAGAUCGUGGGGAUGCAUGACCUGGGCGUCGGCAUCACUCUGGGUGCCCACCAGUCCAUUGGCUUCAAGGGCAUCCUGCUGUUUGGGAACCCGGCCCAGAAGGAGAAGUACCUGCCCAAGCUGGCCUCCGGAGAGACGCUUGCAGCCUUCUGUCUGACAGAGCCUGCCAGUGGCUCCGACGCCGCCUCCAUCAAGACUGUAGCGGAGCGCUCUCCCUGUGGCCAGUACUUCACCCUCAACGGGGGCAAGAUCUGGAUCAGUAAUGGAGGCCUGGCAGAGAUCUUUACUGUGUUUGCGAAGACGCCAAUGAAGGACGAGAAGACUGGAGAGAUGAAGGACAAGAUCACGGCCUUCAUCGUGGAGAGGAGCUUUGGUGGAGUCACACAUGGCCCCCCGGAGAAGAAAAUGGGCAUCAAGGCCUCCAACACUGCGGAGGUGUACUUCGACAACGUGCGGGUGCCCCUGGACUGCGUGCUGGGCGAGGUGGGCGGGGGGUUCAAGGUGGCCAUGAACAUCCUGAACAACGGGCGUUUCGGCAUGGCGGCCGCGCUCUCCGGCACCAUGAGGGGGGUCAUCGCCAAGGCUGUGGACCACGCUGCCAAUAGGACUCAGUUCGGCAACAAGAUCCACAACUACGGGGCGAUCCAGGAGAAGAUGGCCCGCAUGGCCAUGCUCCACUACGUCACCGAGUCUAUGGCCUACACGGUGAGUGGAAACAUGGAUAGUGGAGCCUCAGAGUUUCAGAUAGAGGCUGCCAUCAGCAAGAUCUUUGCCUCCGAAGCAGCCUGGACGGUGACAGAUGAGUGCAUUCAGAUCAUGGGAGGAAUGGGCUUCAUGAAGGACGCAGGAGUGGAGAGGGUCAUGAGGGAUCUGAGAAUAUUCCGGAUAUUCGAGGGGACCAAUGACAUUCUGCGACUGUUUGUUGCCCUGAAUGGCUUCCAGAAUGCCGGGAAUCAAUUGAAGAGUCUACAGAAAGCCCUGAAGAACCCACUGGGCAAUGCUGGCCUGCUGGCAGGAGAGAUCAGCAAGAGAGCCAGAAGGAGUGCAGGUCUUGGGACCGGGCUGACUCUGCAAGGGUCUGUCCAUCCAGAGCUGUCGGAGUCUGGAGAGCUGGCAGUGAAAGCCAUUGAGCAGUUUGGAGCUGUUAUCGAGGAUAUGCUGAUUAAACAUGGCAAGAGAAUCAUUGAUGAGCAGUUUGUGUUGAAGAGGGUGGCUGACUGUGCCAUUGACCUUUACGCCAUGGUGGUGGUCCUCUCCAGGGCCUCACGCUCCCUGACUCAGGGGCUCCCCUCUGCCCAGCAUGAGAAGAUGCUUUGUGAGACCUGGUGUUUGGAGGCCCAUCAGCGGAUCAUGCAGGACAUCAAGGUCCUGAGGGCCAGCAACUCCAAGAGCAUGUUCAAGAACCUGAGGGCCAUCUCAACGGCAGUGGUGGAGAACGGGGGCAUUGUGUCUCCACACCCUCUGGGCUUCUGAGGUCACUAGCACCGCUACGUUGCUGCCCCUCCCCUCUCAGACAGAAAGCUUGUCUACCACAGCGUAUCACCAACGACAUCACCUCGCGCUCGCUGUCCAGUCAAGUAAAAACAAAGCUUUCAUGCACUGUUGCAUGACCAUUCACUAAUUAAAAGGAAAGGUAAAUAACGGCUCAGCCCAUAAAUACAAUAUUAAGUGGCUAUCCCAUGGGGUUUUGGCUUUGGUUGAGAACAUUUUACAUUAAGGGUUUUAAUUGGGGCUCAAAACAAUAGUAGCAGACAUUUUGAUCAGUUGAGAAGGUCUAAGGUCUAGACUAGAGAGUUCGAUAGAGCUCUCUUUGACCAUUACUCUUACUAAAUCACUUCAUAAAUCACUACAUUACAUUACAUUACAUUAUUGGCAUUUGGCAGACGCUACAUGCAUAUUGGAUCCUAAUGACUGACAUUGUCGUGUCCAGGCCAGUGAGGCUAAAGUUAAUUUAAUUCAAUAUUUGACCCGUUUUUCUGUACAAAGGAGUGGACCGCAGUUCCUGGUUUUCUGUAUCCAAGGUUGUUUUUGAAAAUUAUUCUCAUGCCCUUGUUUAUAUGUCAUUCCUGUGUUGCAUUGCAUUUAACACACUCCGACAAGGACACAGGGCACCCGAUCAAAUUUUAGUUUUUUAAAAGGUUUGUAUCUUUGCCUUAUACAAUGAUCUGCGUAACUGGUAUAUGCAGAUGGGAGGAACUGGGCUCAUGAUUUACUGGAGAGGGGACUGCCUGUCAGUUGCAUGGAUGUGACUGUAUUGUAAACGGCAUGUAUUGCUCUGUUGGAAUGACAUUCUAACAUUUUAACAUCAUUAUCAUUGCUAGAUAACACAGGGAAUUGCUGCCUCAAAACUGUUUCGUCAGGCAGUUGCCUUAAAUUAUUGCUUUACAUUAUUGCCGAAACAAAAAAAACAGCAAAGCAGUCUAAGCGUAAAGAUAGGAACAUCAUACUGUCACAUUUUAUCUAGCUGUAAAAUAUCUUUUCAUUGUCUAAUAAAAUAUUGUUUCAUUUACACUUACGGUUUUGUGUCUGGUGCCCAAAAACAAGAGCUUCCCACAACAUGUCUCCAUGAUUUUGAUGUAGGCUUGUCUUUCUGUAUUUUGGAGGUUAUUUAUCAAUGUUAUUGUGUACGACUAGAGGCGGCAGACACAAACCCUACAAUUUACCUUUGGCCAGUACCUGCCUUUAAUUACUGCAGCUAUAGUAUUUUCUACGGUAAUGUAUAAGGGCUUUGAAAGAGGAGAUGUCAGACUAGUAAAUUAAGCAGAUGGUCUGCUAAUCAGUUUCCACCAAUUCCUCCGGUGUAUUAUUGUACAAUGAUGAAUUGUUGAACUGUAAUAUAAAUGUGAUGAAUAAAGCUCCAACUCUUGGCUAAUGCAAA